AAAUCGAGGCUGUAGCAAGUACGCGUAGGUUUUGGAACGAACAGGCGAUGUAAACAAACCAAUAAUUUACAUGGUUCUGUGUGUGAGUUGGAAGGCAGACGCGACGCAGACAGUCAUUUUUGAUAGACAUUCGGGCUUGUCGAGAGCGUGUUUUUAUAGGUGCCAGAUGGCAACUCACUUUCUUUGAAACCUAGAUUUCAGUGUAUUGUGAAAAUACAAUUCUAAAUACCACUGCUAAAAACCUGUAUGGAAAAAUCGUUAUUUUCAAAAGACUAAAUUGCUACAAAACAUAUUAAAUCAAUUUCUCUAUCGAUCGAUCGUCGUGGACUUUAUGGCUAUGCUAUUAGCGAACUUGUUAAACGGGUUCUAACCACUAGAGACCACUGGGGUUAAGUGCUCCAAGCAGCCCUAACCAGAUCGUAAGUCCAGCCUCCAAGUUACCACGGCAUAAGCGAUGGCCUCACAUUUUAUACAGAGUGCACCAAGCUGAUAUAAUCCUCAUCUGGGUCUUUACGGAGUUGUAGACAGGCAAACAUAAGAGGUUUUAAAAUUUCACUAACAUCUCAUAAUUUCUCGCCUUUGUUUUAUCACCUGUCUCCAUGGUAACGACUGAUAAUACUGCGCCAUCGUGUGGUGUACAAAUACAUCGACUCAUAUUACCUAGUGCCAUGUCGCCUGAAAAAUAACUGCUUUUAUAAUAAUGUCGGGAGUGAAAAAACACGCCUCAGUUCGUCGACCUAGGGAAAACAACCCUUCCCAACACGACAGCAGACGGAGAAAUGGUCAGAGAAAACAAAGAGUUAUUGAAGAACCAACAGGAAUGGAGAUUCCUCGACAUAAUUUUGUUGCUCAGGAUGAUCGUUGGAGAAACUGUGUCGAGAAAGAGAAAAACGCUUUCAAGAACUGGGAGGAAGACUGGGGUUUUUUAAAAACUUUUUGGAAAGAGUUGAAAGAAGAUCUCAAUCAAAUAGAAAAUGUUUCCAGUCCUUCCGAAGACUAUCAGGCGAAAAAUCCAGCACAAGAAAUUUCCCCACACAAUACAAGUUGUGUUAAGCCUUCACCAUCCCCACCUCGCACGUCCUCAGCUGUAGUUGGUUGGAGAUCGGCACACGCAGAUUAUUGUUUGGAACUUUACGGUCGAUAUGCUCGUCCAAAAUCAAAAUUUGAAGAGAAACUCAGACUUCCGGCUGAUUUUCAUUUGUAAAAAAUAUGCCAGUUUAGCUUCAUGGCGUUAAACUAAGUUAUAUUUGAUAAUUUGAAACUGUGUGAUGUGCUAACUUCUAAACAUGACAUUUUGUUGAGAUGUGGCAGCCAUUUUACUGAGCUUUUAAUAUGCCUUGUUUCUUAUUAAAGUGUAAAAUCUAUGCUGUAAUAAAGACUUUGAUG